AUGACCACAGAGCACAUCCUGCUCAAUGCUGUAGCUGAGACCCAUCUCCGCGGGCUCAAGGAGGCACCUAUUCAUGCCGACGGGAGAUGGGAAGGCAAGAACGGAACUGGUCAUGGUCGAAAGGGAGAAGGUGACAUUCUGGAAAAUGAGGAGAUUAAGCUGGACUGGAUGUUCCGCUACUCACUGAUGCACGACCUCGUCAAAGGCAUGGCGUACCUGCACAACAGCGAAAUUCACAGCCACGGAAACCUGAAGUCAUCGAACUGCGUGGUCGACAGCCGCUUCGUGCUCAAGAUCACAGACUUUGGGCUGCAUAACUUGCGCGCCUACGACGAGAACGAGAAUGAGGACACGUACGCGUACUGGAGGAGGAAGCUAUGGACAGCGCCGGAGCUUCUGCGGUCUCCUGAACCACCCGUAAAUGGGACGCAGAAAGGGGACGUUUACUCUUUUGCAAUCAUUUCGCAUGAGAUCGCCGUUCGCCAGGGGGCAUUCUAUUUGGGAAAUAUCGACAUGAGCCCCAAAGAGAUCGUAGAACAAGUCAUAUGUGAAUCAAAGCCACUUUUUCGACCUGUGUUUGAUGAAAUCGACUGCCCGGAUGAAGUUUGUCAGCUGAUCUCGAAGUGCUGGGCCGGCGACCCAAAUGAGAGGCCCGAUUUUCAGGCUUUGAAACCGCUUAUCAGAAAGCUGAACAAGGAAUCUGAAAGCGGCAACAUCCUGGACAACCUCUUGUCUCGGAUGGAGCAGUACGCCAACAACUUGGAGUCCCUCGUGGAGGAAAGAACCGCGGACUACCUCGAAGAGAAACGCAAGGCCGAAGACCUACUUUACCAGCUCUUACCAAAAUCAGUAGCAAGCCAGCUGAUCAAGGGUCAAUCAGUUCGUGCUGAAUCAUACGACAUCGUCACUAUUUAUUUCAGUGACAUCGUAGGAUUUACAUCACUCUCUGCCCAAAGCACUCCUAUGCAGGUGGUGGACUUGCUCAACGACCUUUACACCUGUUUCGAUUCUGUGAUUGAAAACUUCGACGUUUACAAGGUAGAAACAAUAGGCGACGCAUAUAUGGUUGUCUCUGGCUUGCCUGUCAGAAAUGGCAUCAUGAAUGCACGUGAGAUUGCCCGGAUGUCACUUGCGCUCCUCAAGCAGGUGCUUUCAUUCAAGAUUCGGCAUCGACCUGGAGAGCAGCUGAACCUACGCAUUGGAAUUCAUACUGGAGCAUGUGCAGCGGGUGUUGUUGGACUGAAAAUGCCACGAUACUGCCUUUUUGGAGACACUGUGAACACGGCUUCCAGAAUGGAAUCAAACGGACUGCCGCUUAAAAUCCACGUGAGUGUAUCAACAAAAGAAGUCUUAGAUACAUUCAAAACUUUUCAACUGGAGUUACGAGGCGAAGUUGAAAUGAAGGGCAAAGGAAAGAUGACGACCUACUGGCUGCUGGGCGAGCAAGAGAGAGACGGCAGCUCCACUGGUCUGCUCACACCGUCGACGGAAGUGCGAAAGGAGACCAAGAUAUGACCUCUGAAGUGCGUGACCCUGGCAGCGCCGUCGGCCGCUCAAUUUGACUUUUCAAGCGCCGAGGACUGCAUUCGCCACUGUGAGCCUGGCGAUAAUUGCUAGCUCCUCGCGG